AUGGCUGACGUCAUCGACUCUUGGACUUUAAGAACCGGCGAGCUUGGUCGCGGCGCCAUCGACGACCCGUGGCGCGCCGGAGCCGCAGUUCCUGUUGAAACCAGUACUCCUGGCAAGGGCGGCGAAUCUUUGACCGGUCAACGCGGCGAGUCAACCGCGGUGGACCAGUCCGCGCAGCUGCCCGCUGCGGAGAGACCCGUUGGCGGAAGCGCCACCGAGGGGGCUUCGCCGCAGAAGCCGCAUCAGCCCCUCCUUCCGCCGGCCUCCAUGUUCCAGCAGCAGCCGGCUCCGGCGGCUGCGGAGAGGGAGCGGCGCGCAGAGGGCGCGGAGGGGGCGCAAGGGGGGCGUGCACUCCGGGAGGGAGGCGCAGUGGCGGAACCGGAGCAGUCCGCGGAGAUGGAGGCUGCGGCGGUUGAGGGGAAGGGGCCGCUGGCAGUAUCGUCUUUGGAAGAGCGGAAGGAGAUUGCGGAGGGGGAGGAGCUUCAUCAGAAGCCCCGUAUCUCAGAGAAGAUCGCCCGAUUCUUCAGAGCUACAGGAAAGCCCAGGAGCCGCAGAAGCACUGAGGAGACGGAGCCUCCAAGACAAGUCGUAGCAAGGGAACCCGCAAGAGAGUCGGGACGAGAAUCUACGAGGGAACCUGCAAAGGAAUAUGCAAGGGAGCCUGUAAAGGAACCGACAAUAGAGAGUAUAGCAGCUGAGAGCGGUCAGGGUGCAAGGGGCAGGGCUUCGGAGGGGGUGGGUGAAGGGGAGCAGGUGUUAAGGGGGAGGGGCAUGGGCGAGGGGUCUUCCGGUGUUACUAGCGGGGGCCCUGCUGGUGCUACUAGCGGGGGCCCUGCUGGUGCUACUAGCGGGGGCCCUGCUGGUGCUACUAGCGAGGGCCCUGGUGGUGUGACAGGCGUUUCUGGCACGGGAGCAACAGGCUCCACAUCAGGCCGUGCUGCUGCAGCGGGUAGUGAGGGUGAAUUUGUUGCUCCUGGUGCUGCUGGUGCUCCUGAUGCUGCUGGUGCUCCUGGUGCUGCUGGUGCUCCUGGUGCUGCUGGUGCUCCUGGUGCUGCUGGUGCUCCUGGUGCUGCUGGUGCUGCUGGUGUUGGUACAGCAGGUGCUGGUACGACAGGUGCUGCUGCUGCGCCAGAGCCCUCCACCACGCCUGGAGCAGCAGCUGCAGCAUCGGCCAUCCAGCAGGCCGUGCGAGCAGGGAAGAGCGAACAGGAGGCUGCUGCUGACGCAACCGCUGCCGCUACCUCUGCUGUGACUGAGCCCUCCACCACCCCUGGAGCAGCAGCUGCAGCAUCGGCCAUCCGGCAGGCCGUGCAAGCAGGGAAGAGCGAACAGGAGGCUGCUGCUGAUGCUGCCGCAGCUGCGGCAGGAGAGAUGGGACAGGGUGGGAAAGAGGUGGUGGAAGGGGGGGGGAUUGGCAGGAGGGAGGUGGAGAGGAGGGGCAGUGAGGAGGAACGAUUGGAGGCAGCAGCAGGGGUAAGAACACCCACAGAAGAGAGGGGUGUGGGGCUGGCAGGAAGACAGAGAGGCACUGAGGGGAGUGCGGAGGUGUCGCCUGUAUCCCCCGGAGCAGCAGGCGGGCAUGGGUCAGUGUUGGAGCGACUCAAGUGGCUGGAGUGGCAGGUGCACACCAUGCAGCAGGCCGCCACAGGCGCUCCUGCGGAGAGUGCUGGGAAGCUUCCCGCUGCAACGCCAGGUGGUGUUUCAGGAGUUUCAGAUGUUUCGGAGGUUGGUUCUGGAGGGAAGAGAAAGAGGGUGCUGGCUCCUCUUGCUAUGCGUGGGGGAGAGGGGGAAGAGAUGGAGGGAUUUACCAGGGGAGCUCCCUUUGGGGAGGAGCAAGAAAGGGAGAUGGCGAAAGGGGAGGCAAGAGAGGAGGCGAAAGAGGGAGGGAUGUUCGGAGGGAUGGUGAGUGGAGGAGAGGGAGGAGGGAUGGGAGAGGAGGAAGGAGCAGCGGUGCCUUUGGUGGUUGUGGCUCGGGAGAUUGAGCAGCGGGGAUCCAUUAUCGACCGCAUUGCACACCUGGAAACCACGCUCAACGCCCUUGCAGCUUCUGGGAUUCCUGUCCCUGGCAAACCCGCUCCUGCUACUCUUGUCCCUCCUGCUCCUGCUACUCCUGCUUCUGCUCCUACUGCUGCUGAAACUCCUGCAAUGCCUGUUCCUGUGUCGAGAGCAGCAGCUGAAUCCCGCAUAUCACGAGGAGCAGAAGAAUUAGCUGGAAAAGCGCGUGAGGUUGGCUAUGCCGUCCCUGCUGCUGGAGGGGCAGAGGCAGAGAUGGAGGCAGGGGCAGAGGAAGCGGAGGCUGAAGCAGUGGCAGCGCCGCCGGCAAUGGCCGAAGCUGAAGAGGAGGAGGCAGAAGAGGGAGGGGAAUGGGGUGAGGAAGUGGAAGGCAAGCCCUCUGCUGUAGCACCUGAGGCGGCACCUGAGGCGGGUGGAGCACCUGGAGCACCUGGAGCACCCGGGGAGGAGGCUGAGAAGGCAGUGGCAGCACAUGCUGCAGAGGCAGCUUUGGCCAGGGCGCCUGAGGGGGAGAGAGCAGAGGAGACAGCAGAGGUGGCCGCUGCUGCUGCUGCUGGAGCAGUGCGGGCAGUGGAAGGGGUGGGGGCUGGUGAGGAGGGUGGCGGGGAGGGUGGUGAGCAGGGUGGUGAGGGGGAAAUGAUGAAGCCUACAAUUGAGCAAACUCCUGCAGCUGCCAAGGUGUCAGGGGAAGGGGAAGGGGAAGCAGGGACGAAGCAGCGUCGCCGCUAUCGGCGCAAGAAGCGGCCUGAAAGGGUGGAAGGGAAGAGCAGUGAGUAUUGGAAGCACGUGGCCAACUCCGUUCCGCGCGGACCGGGAUCCGCGGAGAGCGCGGCGGCGGAGAUCAUCGAGCGCAACCUCGUGCGCGGUCCCUCCGCGGAGGAGCGCAGCCCCGCCGCGGUGCUGACGUCACGGCGGGAAGCGCUGGACCUUUACCGUCUUGUGCUGCGAACAACGCGGGUCUUCGUGUGGCAACACCCCUCUGGAGCCCUCUGGAGGGACGUGUUGAGGGAGAGUGCGCGAAAGGAGUUUGAAGCAGCCAGAUUGGUCUCAGACCCUGAAAUGAUAGCGCGGCUGCUACUGGGAGGGCGGGAUGCCAUCUCCGUUGUUGUGGAUAAGCUAGUGGCAAAGCAGCAGGAGGUGGUGGAGAAGGAGCGUUCUCGGCCACCUUAG